AUGACACGCACUGUCACGAUUGGUACCAUCGAACACCACCAAGAUUUGCUCCAGUAUGACAUGAACCCAACCCUGCUUUUUAUGGUCACAAUAGAGGUGGACAAUUGCCGAAAAUCUUCAUGGAACUCACGGCUGGGCUAUGUUGGCCAGCUACGACAGACUGAUGAAGGCUUGAAGGGAGUGGAUGUGGACUUACAAUACGAAGUAACAAAACAUCUCAAUACCAUUCCUCCUUCUACCCUUCCUUUCCUUUCCUUUCCUUUUGCUUCAACAAUGGAUGCUUUGAGCUAUCUCUUCAUUUUCUUUUUGUUCAAUUCGUUACCUUUAUCUACAAUCGAAGCUAAAAGAAAUUCUUUCAGCGUUGAUCUUAUUCAUCGCGACUCAACAUUAUCACCACUUUACAACAAUUCUAGCACUUCAUCUGAAAAUGUCGUUACUCAUUCCAUCAACGAUGUCAAUCACUUCAAUUCUUCUAUGUAUAUUGAUGCAAAAUAUGUCCAGUCCGAUCUGACCCACACGUCUAGCGAAUAUCUUAUGACGCUUCAUAUAAGUAAGUCAUAUGAAGUUGUUGCUAUAGCAAGUAUGACAAGUGACCUAAUUUGGAUACAAUGUGCUCCUUGUCAUGAUUGCUAUGAACAAGAUAAACCCUUCUUUCAACCGGGUGAAUCAACCAAGCCAGUUCCCUAUGAAUCACACUUCUGCAAGGCUUUGGAUCAUAUUGAGCGUGGGGAAGAAAAUGGUGAGUGUCUGUAUGCAUACAAAUCUGGCGACCAAAAAUUUACAUCUGGAGUGUUGGACACUGAGACCUUCUACUUGAAAACCCAUGGAACAAACCGUCGUCAACCUUAUGAAGAAAUAGUUUUUGGAUGCGGUACGCGAAACAAGAUGAGGGUCCCAAGGCAAGUUCAAGGCGUUGUUGGGCUUGGACGAGGGGAAUUGUCCUUGGUUUCUCAGCUGGGAAAGAAGAUUAGUGGAAAAUUCUCCUACUGCCUGCAAAUGGAUCACAUGAAUACGAUUAGUAAGCUUAAAUUCGGACCACAACCAGUAAUCAAUGAUCUAACAUCUAUAUUUAAGCUUUUUCCGCAGCCUCGUUCAACUUCUUCCCUCUAUGUCCUUGAACUCAAAUCCAUUAGCAUCAAAGGUCAGAAAUUUAAGGUUUCUGAUCCGCAUCGCGAUAUGAUAAUCGAUAUUGGGGCAACCAUGACAUCGCUGCAUGAGAGCAUAUACAAUAAUCUAGUCACUAGUGUUCAACAAGCGAUUGGUGAUAACAUAAAGCCGGUGAAAGAUUCAACUGGUAGGUACAGCCUUUGCUACAAGAGAGCAGAUCUCUCUUCCGUAGAGAUCCCCGAUAUGAUUUUCAGUUUUGCUCGCGGAAAUCUUGUUUCUGGUAAAUCUCUUACUUUGAGACGUCAUCACACAUUUGUCAAGUAUGGUGAACAAAUUUGUAUGAUGAUAAUCAAAAGCACUCAUCCUAGUGGUUCUUCUGUUCUUGGGAGCGCAGCACAGAAGAACUUUCGGGUGGAGUAUGAGGCUGGCAAAAAUCAAGUCACUUUUAUUGAAACUGAUUGCCAAGCUGCCUCAAUCUCAUAA